AUGCCGAUGACGCUCAGGGAGUGCAUCUCCUCCAGAUCUCUCUCCAUGGUGAUAGGUGUGGUCACGUGGACUGAGUUUUGCUCCAUGGUGAUAGCACCACAAACACAAAACCCGCUACAAACGUCCUCCCAUCUGCUAGCCCAUCCCCUUGCCCAUAGCUCCACACCCCCUCUUCUCCUCCAGCACCGACACCACGCCCGCCAGCUGGCACACCGCCAUCAGGUGCACAAACCCCGUCAUGUACACCACGGAAACCACCACGAGAGGCCCGAUGCGGCCAAGGCGCGGACGAACGUGGCGGCCAGACGGGUCCAAACUCGGGGGACGGCGCACGUGAUUUCUGGGAAGGAGAGGGGAGGCGUAGGUGCAGGCGACGGUGUAGAUUACGGCGGAGGUGGAGAGGAGGGAGAAGAGGAGGGUGAGGAUGAAGUAGAGGAGGUGGAGGGUGAGGUAGGCGGCCUGGCCGAGGUUGUUGAGGAAUUGGAUUUUUUGGUAAGGAGGUCGGCGAUGUGGUUUUGGGCGAGGAAGAUGAUGGAGAGGGGGAGGAUUAGGGUUAGGGUUAUCUGGGAAAAGAUUUUGCGGAGGUUGAAGAUGAGCUUGAAGCUCUCCUUGCAGAUGGCGGUGAGGCCCAUGGACCGCAUCUCUUCCUGA